GAGCCACAGGGAGGAGAUGCCAUGACCCCCACUCUCAUGGCCCUGCUCUACCUUGGGAGCCUCCCCAAACCCGCCAUCUGGGCUGAACCAGGCUCUGUGAUCCCCUGGUGGGAGCCCAUGAACAGCUGGUGUCAGGGGACCCUGGAGGCCCUGGAGUACCAACUGGAUAAAGAGGGAAGCCCAUUUUCCUGGGAUGAACAGUCCCCACUGGAGCCCAGGGAAAAAGCCAAUAUAUCCAUCUCACACAUGACAGGGCAAUAUGCAGGGAGACGUCACUGUUACUAUCUCAGGCCCACUGGCUGGUCAGAGCACAGUGACACCCUGGAGCUGGUGGUGACAGGAAUUUGUAGCAAAUCCACCCUCUCAGCACUGUCGAGCCCUGUGGUGACCUCAGGAAGGAAUGUGACCCUCCAGUGUAGCUCAUGGCUGGGAUUUGACAGGUUCAUUCUGACUAAGGAAGGAUAACAUAAGCCCUCCUUGAUCCUGGACUCACAGAGCCACCCUAAUGGGCAGUCCCAUGCUCUGUUCCUUGUGGGCCUUAUGACCCCCAUUCACAGGUGGAUGUUCAGAUGCUGUGGCUGUUACAGGAUCAAACCCCAGGUGUGUUCAGACCUGAGUGACCCCCUGGAGCUCAUGGUCUCAGACCCUAUGGGGACCCCCAAGCCCCCACCGACAGGUCUCAUCUCUACAACUGCCUCACGUCCCCAAGACUACACAGUGGAGAAUCUCACCUGGAUGGCGGUGGCUGGUUUGAUACUGGUUGUCCUCGGGGUUCUGCUAUUUCAGGCUCAGCACAACCAGAGAAGGACCCAAGGUGCAGCCAGGAGGUAAACACAAGAGGGAACAAUGCACUGUUCUGAGUGGUAGAGCCUUGGCAAUA